AUGGCGGAUGCAGCAGUGGACAUCCCUUUCCUUGCUACACAUUUCUCACUUCCUGAGUCGACGCUGUCAUCUCUGAUCGAAACCCCAACAACCGACCUGGUGAACGAACUCUUGCAAUCCCUCACUUCUAAGGCUCGCGAAUUCGACGAGCUCAAGUCGGAUAAACUUCGCUUGGAGGUUGAGCUUGAGAAUGCGGUGCGGAGCAAUGAGUCCAAGGUCAAGGUUCUGAAAAGCUCUGUAGAGAAAGGCCAUGCCGAUCUUGAAGAGCUCCGAAAGAAGCUUCACGAAGCCGAAACUACUCGCGCUGCAUUGGAGUCCGAGGUCGCGAACCUCAAAUCUUCGACCACCUCCACCGAAUCUGAAACCAGUUCGCUAAAAGCCCGAAUCGCGUCCCUCGAAGAAUCCAAUCGUGAUACUGUCCGUUUACUGGAGUCCAAGUCUGCGGCCCAUGAUAAAUUGGCUGAGGACCUGUCUGCCCAACACAGGAAAAUAAUCGAGCUUCGUCGCGACCUGUCCACCACAGAGCAGAACCUUCAAAAUGCCAAUUCUGCUGCGGCAAGCUCCCGGUUCCGCGAACAGAGUCUCCAGCAAGAGCUCGAACUGACUAAGAAAAACAAUGAAUGGUUUGAGAACGAAUUGAAGACCAAGAGUGCGGACCACAACAAAUUCCGUAAAGAGAAGAAUGCACGCGUUUCGGAACUUCAACGUGCGAACGAGGAAGCAAAUUCUACUAUCGAUGCCCUCAAGCGCAGCGAAAAUUCGCUCAAGAGUCGUCUCGACGAAAUGGAGCAACGAUAUGAACAAGCCUUGACUAGUAUCGAGCAAUUGAAAGAAGAGGCGAUCCAGACCACUGAAUCCUUCCGCAAUGAACUGGAUAGUGCCAACAGGCUUGCAGAGCUUCAAGGAUCUGCUGCUCAAAACGCGAAGCAGCGUGUACAAGAGUGCCAAAUUUCUCUCGAAAAGGCCACGGCGGAUGCUGCUGAAGAGAUCGCCCGUUUGCGUGUUGAGAUUGAAAGUGAGCGUAGUGACAAGGAAGCUGCUGAGCGUCGUGUGACAGAACUGGAGUCGACGGUCUCCCAAUUGGAAUCCGCUGGAGCUAGAAACCGAUCCCUGAGCCCUGCUCGCUCGACUAACGGAAUGGCACCGGCUACUCCCGUACGACCUGGGACCCCCGGCAGUGUAUUCUCACCGCGUGCUUCUCGAACGAGAGGCGGGCUCACCCUCACUCAAAUGUACUCCGAGUAUGACAGGAUGCGUACCCUGCUUGCGACCGAGCAGCGCACCAGUCAAGAAUUGCGCGAUACACUUGAUGAAAUGGUUCAGGAGCUUGAGUCAAGCAAGCCUGAGAUCGAUGAGCUACGCGCCGACCAUAGUCGCCUGGAGAAUGCAGUGGUUGAAAUGUCCCACUUGCUGGAAGUUGCUGGAAAGGAGCGUGAAGGAGCCACGAAGGAAGCGCGCAAGUGGCAGGGACAGGUCGAAGGCCUCGCUCGUGAAGGCGAUAUUCUUCGUCAGCAACUACGCGACCUUAGCGCUGAAGUGAAGGUCCUUGUUCUUGAAGUCGCAAUUCUCAAACACGGCGAAGACUACGACCGCGAGGAGCUUGAAAAGAUCGCUCGCAACGAGAUUGACGACUCUUCUGCUGAACUCAAUUCCACCGGUCGUUUCAUCAGUCGGAACCUCACCACCUUCAAGGACUUGCACGAGCUUCAGGAGCAGAACAAGACACUGCGACGCAUGCUUCGGGAGUUGGGUGACCAAAUGGAAGGCGAAGAGGCUCGUGCAAAGGACGCCACCCGCCAACAAGAGGCGGAGGAGUUGAAAGAACUCCGGAUUCGCGUGCAGACAUACCGGGACGAAAUCUCAAAUCUCGUCGCUCAAUCUAAAAGCUACGUGAAGGAGCGAGACACAUUCCGUAGCAUGUUGACCCAUCGCCGACAGACCGUGGGAGAUGCUUCUACCUUCUCGCAAUCGGUCCCGCCCGGGGCAGUCCCGUUCGGAGAAAGUCAAAUCAGGGAUAACACUGACUAUGCUGAUAUCCUUCGAAAGGUGCAAGCUCACUUUGACACCUAUCGGGAAGAAACGACCACAGAUCACAAUGCUCUGCGUCAGCAGGUCAAUGAGCUUUCGCGCAAGAACAGUGAGCUGAUGAGUGGAAUCAGCCGAUCAAGUAGUCAACUGGCAGCUUCCUCCCAACGAGCAGAACUCCUUCAAAGCAAUUUCGAUAUGUUGAAGAGCGAGAACAGCGAUUUGAAUAAGCGGUACACCACACUCUUCGAGAAUGCUAACCGCCUGGAACUUCGCACCCAACAAGCUGCCGAAGAUCUAGUGGAAACAAAGGGUUUGGUAGAGAGUCUGCAGAGGGAGAAUGCCAAUCUCAAGGCCGAGAAAGACUUGUGGAAGACGAUCGAAGCCCGACUCAAUGAUGAUGUUCAGAAUCUACGUAAUGAACGCAGCCGACUUGAUUCCUUGAACGCCAACCUGCAAACUAUCCUCAAUGAGCGUGAACAUGCGGAGUCUGACAGUCGUCGUCGACUUCAGUCCAGCGUGGAAACACUCGAAUCCGAGUUACAGAUCACGAAGCGCAAACUCGCGGACGAAGUUGAAGAAUCGAAGAAGGCAUCCAUGCGACGAGAGUAUGAACACGAACAAAGCCAGAAACGGAUCGAUGAUUUGGUCACCAGCCUUGGCUCAGUCAGAGAAGAACUCGUAGCUGUCAAGACCACUCGUGACCAUCUCCAAACCCGAGUUGACGAGCUUACUGUCGAGCUUAAGAGUGCCGAAGAGCGAUUGCAGGUGGUGCAAUCUCGUCCAACUGUUUCUGUCACUCCAGCUGAAGCGCCCGCCACGGCAGGGGAUGAUGAAGCUGGUAGUGGUCUAUCGCGUGAGCAGGAACUGGCAAUUGAAGUUUCCGAGCUUAAGCGUGAUCUAGAUCUCGCUAAGGGCGAAUUAACUCAUGCCAAAGAACAAGUGGAAGAAUACAAGAGCAUCAGCCAAUCUACAGAGGAGCGAAUGAUAGCUGAAUCCGAGACGCAGGCGUUAUAUCGUGAAGAGACCGAUCGUCUCAUUGAGGAGAAGGAUAAGAAGAUCAAGGAUUUGGAGACUCGCAUUGAAGAGAUUUCGGCAGAGCUUUCUACGACGAACACUGAAAUCUCCAAGAUUCGCGACGAACAAGGCGAAGCAACCCGUCACCUCGAGGAGCAGAAAGCAAACCUGGAGUCUGAGAUCAACCGACUGAAGGAGGACAAUCAGCGGCAGGCUGACGCGGCUCAACGCCACCAGGAAGACCUGAAAAGACAAGCCGAUAUCGCUCAGCACGCCCAGCAAAACUACGAGAGCGAACUCGUCAAGCAUGCCGAAGCCGCCAAAAAUCUUCAAAUCGUAAGAAGCGAAGCCAACCAGCUCAAGAUCGAUAUUGUUGAGCUGCGGACCCAAUCGGAAACCUUCAAGAAAGACCUGUCUCAGAAGGAAGAGAGCUGGGCAGAACAAAGGGCUCGGUACGAGGGCGAACUUGCAGAGUUGCAGAAGCGCCGAGAAGAGGUUCUUCACCAGAAUUCGCUCUUGCACACACAGCUCGAGAAUAUCAGCACUCAGAUUUCGGCACUGCAGCGUGAUCGGGCCAAUGUUCCAGAUGAUGAUGAGAAUGAAGGCGACAACUUGGGUCCAAAUCUGGAGAGUCUUCAGGAGGUAAUUAAGUUCCUCCGCCGUGAGAAGGAGAUUGUUGAAGUGCAGUACCACCUUUCUACGCAAGAAGGCAAACGACUCCGCCAGCAGCUUGACUAUACUCAAUCGCAGCUCGAUGAAACACGGCUCAAGCUCGAGCAACAGCGCCGUGCCGCUGCUGAUAGCGAACACAACACGCUUAACCAUAACAAGCUGAUGGAGACUCUGAACGAGCUCAACUUGUUCCGAGAAAGCAGUGUUACCCUACGAAACCAAGUUAAACAGACUGAGACUACCCUCGCCGAAAAGUCUGCACAGGUUGACGCUCUUCAGCAGCAGAUCGAGCCUCUACAGACCAAAAUCCACGAGUUAGAGAGUAAUUUGGAAUCCAAGGAUGGCGAGAUGCAGUUGCUUCAAGCGGACCGCGAUCGUUACCAGCAGCGGAUCCAGAACAUCCUCCAAAAGUAUGACCGGGUCGAUCCUGCCGAACUGGAAGGCCUCAAGGAAAAACUUGCUUCCCUUGAGAAGGAACGAGAUGAAGCUGCAUCUGGGCGAGGGGAGUCUACUGCCCAGAUAGAGGCUCUCCAGGAGCAACUCAAGACCGCCGAAGCUGAUAGAGACGCUCGACUCGCAGACCUAAAGGCCCGGCUUAGCGAGCAAUUCAAGGCGCGGUCAAGGCAAAUGUCAGAGCGCAUCAACGGUUUGACGCAACAGUUGCUGGCUGCCCAGCAAGAAAGGGAUGUUUUGCAAGAAGAGCUUGCCAAGACAAAGGCGGAGUUGGAGAGUCUGAAGGCCAGUGCCAGCCUUGGUGCGCAACCCUCAGCACCCGCUGUUGUUCAAGCUCCCCCAGCCGCAUUGGAGGAAGCACCAGUCAAUCCAACGCCUGCAUCUCAGUUCCCCAGUGCGACGACGCCCGUUGCUUCCCCUGGAGACGAGCAGAAAAUCAAAGAGUUGGAGUCGAAGGUUGAACGCUUGGAAGCUGCGCUGGGCGAGAAAGACGCCCUUAUUGCUGCCAAGGAUGCCGAAUUAGAGACCAAGAUUACUGAGCGUGCCGAGAAGCUCAAGGCGGUAUUCAAUUCCAAAAUGGCCGAAGUGCGAGCAAACCACAGGCAAGAGAUGGAGAAUCUGCAGCAGCAGCAGCAGCAGCAACAACAACCACAACAACCACAACAAGCUUCCGAUGUCACUCCUGUUACGUCUCAGCAACCUCCUACAACCCCCGGCCAGGCACCAUCAACACCGGGUAACGCCGAUGGUCUUCCUGAGCUCACUGAUGCUCAAGCCCGCGAGCUUGUCGCUAAAAACAAAACGAUUCUCACAAUUGUGCGCAACAAUAUUCGCAACCAAGUGGAAAAGCUCAAACAGAGUCAGUCAACGACCGCUGGCAACGAGGAGGCCUUGGCAGCUCUCGAGAGCAAAUUCAACGAAGAGCGUGGCACCUUGCUGAAGACUCACGAAGUCGACCUUGCUGAGAAGGUCAAAUCUGCUGUCGAGCUCAACGACAAGAAAUAUGCCGCUCGUCUCAGCAUGACUGACACUCGAAUCAAGUCGGCUCAGGCCAAGCUCGAAGUGAUCCAAAAGGCUGCAUCGGAAACUCCGCAAAAGCCCGUUGCGGAAGUCUGGGAGAUUGCCAAGGUUGCUAAACCUGCUCCAGCGGCCAAACCUGCCCCGGCGUCACCAGCGCCAGCUGCACAGCCUGGACUAGCCACCCCAGGCCCGGCUUCCAUAAAUACACCAGCUACGCCAGGAUCCAGCACCGCCCCCGCAGCUCCAACACCCGCAUCCUCGACCCCUGUGCAACAGCCAAAACAAGAACCUCCGAGCGAAGCUACCCAACAAGCUGCCCCCGUUAAUCCUUUUGGACAGCUUCAGCAAAGUGAACAGUCUAAGCCUGCUUCGUCUCUUCCCACCAAGCCACCAGCGAACAAUCAGCCCGCAGGCAUGCUAAGAGCUUUACAAUCAGGCCUGCCAAUCGCCAGGGGCGGCGGUCGUGGCGGCCGAGGCGGUGCACAGAACCAAGGGGACGGGCACCCACCUCAAGCCCAUGCCAACCAACCAUCCCAGCGUGGAGGUUUGCCUCGUGGACGGGGUGGACGGGGUGGACAGGGCCGUGGCCAGAACCAAAAUGCCUCCAAUCCGACCCCUGCCAGCCCGACGACGGGACAAAAUAGCUCCUUGAAUGUUCAGGCCCGCCAGUUUAUCCCUCAAAAUAACAAGAGAUCACGCGAGGAAGGCUCCGAUGCCUCGAAUGAAGCAGCGAAUGCAGGCAAACGUAUGAGGGGUGGCGGUCAAAACCGUGGCGGUGGUACUUCAUAG